CUGCGGCGGCAAUUGUGGCCGACAUUACCGAUUCAGUGCUGGAGGACCGGCAGCAGUGGGAGGGCGGCAGCAGCAUCGAUAGGGCCCGGGAUGUCGAUGCUGACAGCGGUAAUGAUUGUCUAGCAAUCGGCUGCGGAGUCAUUGAUGAGUGGUUAGCGGCGGCGGCGGCAAUCGUUGAUGAGUGUGGUGUCRACCGGCAUCGGCAUCGGCUGGACGGGUGUAGUAGAAACGUAAACAACAAAGAGGAACGGGWGGUGGUGGUCGACGACGACGACACGGAUCAGCUAAUAAUAGAGGCGAUACCAUUGGAUUUAGUUGACAACAAUAGUCAUAAAAAAAUGUUACCAUUUUCUGGUAUCGUUUGGCACACAAAAGUCUGGUUUGUCAUCUGUUUGUCACUAUUAUUGCAUCCAUCGGUUUGGGCCAGCGCUAAUAUCCGAGCCAUUGAAAAGCGUGUAUUAGACUCAAUCAUCGGUGAUGGCCGCUAUGAUAGCCGAAUACGGCCAAUGGGUGCCAACAAUUCGGGUGCCGUCGGUAAGUUAGAUGGACCGGCUAUUGUACGUGUAAACGUCUACAUCAGGAGUAUAUCACGUAUUGAUGAUGUUACCAUGGAAUACUCAGUUCAGGUAACAUUCCGUGAACAGUGGAACGAUAAUCGCUUACAAUUUGACGACAUGAACGGCCAGAUCAGGUAUCUGGUACUGACCGACCCGAACCGUAUAUGGAAACCCGACCUAUUUUUUAGUAACGAAAAAGAUGGCCACUUUCACGAAAUAAUUAUGCCAAACGUAUUGUUACGUAUCUAUCCAAAUGGAAAUGUCUUAUACUCUAUACGUAUAUCAUUAGUACUUGCCUGUCCAAUGGAUCUCAAAUAUUAUCCAUUAGAUAAACAAACAUGUUCAAUUCAAAUGGCCAGUUAUGGCUAUACCACCGAUGAUCUAGUAUUUCUAUGGAAAGAGGGUGACCCAGUACAGAUUACCAAAAAUCUACAUUUACCCAGAUUUACACUUGAAAAAUAUUUGACAUCAUACUGUACUAGUCGCACAAAUACUGGUGAAUAUAGUUGUCUGAAAGUUGAUCUACAAUUCAAACGCGAGUUCAGCUACUAUCUGAUCCAGAUAUACAUACCCUGCUGUAUGCUUGUCAUAGUUUCGUGGGUAUCAUUCUGGUUGGACCCGAAUGCCAUACCAGCCCGGGUAUCGCUGGGUGUAACCACACUGUUGACAAUGGCUACCCAAAUAUCGGGUAUCAAUUCAUCGUUGCCGCCCGUGUCCUAUACAAAAGCCAUCGAUGUCUGGACGGGUGUGUGUCUGACAUUUGUUUUCGGUGCACUGUUGGAAUUUGCACUGGUCAACUAUGCCUCCCGAAGCGAUGCCCACCGGGCUGCCCUCAAGCAACAACAGGCAGCGUUUGCUGCCCAACGUAAAUGGGAAGUGGAACAGUCGCAUAUGGAUGCGGAUCAUAUUGAGGACGGAUCGGCCGGUUUUGCCAUGCGACCACUGGUCCGACACCAAGGUAUGGGCGGUCCCGUUGGUGUCGGUGGCGGCGGCGGCGGUGGUGGUGGUGGUGGUGUCAAUGUCAACAUAGGUGUCGAUCCACACCUGGAUAAGCUGAGGGCUUGCGAAAUACAUGUGUCGUUGCCAAAGAAAAACUGGUGCAAACGGUGGCUGUCCAAAUUUCCUACCCGAUCCAAACGUAUUGAUGUUAUUUCACGUAUAUUUUUCCCAUUGAUGUUUGCACUGUUCAAUCUGGUCUAUUGGACGACCUAUCUCUUCCGUGAAGAUAUGCAGGAAUUUUAAGGGGACUAGUAGUUUAAAAAAACAACAAACAAAAACAAAUGUAUUACUAAUUAAUAUCCUCAACAAAAAAAAAACAUAACAUCUCUCUCUCUAUCGCACAUACAUACCAGGGUA